AUGGGUCACGGUUCUAAGGACCCUUUCUUCACGCUCGAAGAUGCCAAGGCUUCGUUCAACCUCUUCUGCUGCGUCCUCGGUAUCGGCUCGCUUGGUAUGCCCUCCAACUUCGCACGAGCCGGACCCAUUUACGCGACGAUCUCGCUCGCAUUCAUGUUUUUCGCAAACGUUUACUCGGCUAUCAAACUGUCCAAGGCGAUGCUGGCGGCUCCGUCGUCGGUCAAGACGUACGGUGACCUCGGUGAGUGGGCUUUGGGUAAAUGGGGUCGCUUCUUCUCUGUCGUCUCGCAGAUGGGCGUAUGUGUCCUGGUACCUAUCGCCUUUUUGGUGUUGGGUAGUACACUACUCGAUGUUUUGUUCCCCGACACAUUCAGUCAGACGUUCUGGAUCGUCUUCAUGGCGUUGCUGGUCAUUCCUGUCUGUUUGAUCCCGACACUGAAGGAAAGUGCCGGAAUGGCGUUCGCUGGUUGUAUGGGCACUGCUAUCGCCGACGUGAUCGCUGUGGCGAUGCUGCAGUAUAACAUGCGUGGCCACCCAUCGAUCCCCAAGCCGGAUGUAUCCGUUCACCAGGUUCUAACCUGCUUCGGUAACUUAGCUCUGGCAUACGGCGCUGCUAUCGUGAUCCCAGACUUGCAACGUGAACACUCUCAGCCGCAGCGAAUGCCUCGAGUCCUGAUGAUCACGAUCCUGACUAUCUCGGCUUUUUUCUUCGCGAUCGCGUUGGCUGGAUACACUGCUGGUGGUUGCCAGAUUUCUGGCAAUGUGUUGUACUCUAUUGUGGACACGUCGAACCCGAUGGGACCUGCGCCACUGGGUUUCACGCCUAGUCGUGCUGCUGUUGUUAUGGCGUAUCUCUUUAUGCAGGUACACAUUUCCAUCGCGUUCUCUACUAUGAUGAUGCCGGCCUUCUACAUCGCAGAGCGGUUGGUACUCGGAAUGCACAAGACUGCGCCUAUUGUGCGUUUCAAUCCGGAUGAUGAUGUGGAGAACGUGGACGAUCUGGAGCUGCAGGAAAAGCCUUCUUACAUUCAAGCUUUGACGCCCCAAGAGCGCGGAGUGUCGGCUUCCAGUUUGAUCGAGAAGUCUGACGGGCGGAUGUCGCACCUACGCGCUGCGAUCGAGUUUCCCGAAGAAAUCACUGAGGACCGGCUUCGUGAACCUUACAAGGGGACUAGGAACACUCUGCGCUACAUCACACUGCGUGUUAGUAUGAUCAUCAUCAUGGCUAUCGUCGCUGUGGCUGCUCAAGACAAGUUCCUGGAUCUGGAAGACUUCACGGGAUCGACGGCUCACACGGUUAACUGCAUGUUGAUGCCUGUGAUCAUUUCCCUGCGCGUCUUCUGGAGAAAGAUGUCCGUUCUGGACAAAUCUGCUUCCAUGCUGGUACUGGUCGGCUGUUCGGUGGCCGGUUGCUACGUCAUGAUCCAUGCUGGAGAGAAGCUAUUCACGUCCUCGGAAGACGACACCGCCUUCCCCUACUGUGAAGCAGAGUACCAGGAUGAACCGUACUACAUCCGUAGCACCACCAACUAG